CGAUUUGCUUUUAGCUCUGAAUGAGUGCAAACAGUCGCCAGUGUACAGCCAGUAACAAGAGGAGACACAUGCAAACAGAGAGCAGUGACUGGAUUUAUCCAAGGUGGACUCAACACUGAACUUUCAAAAGGAAAAUAGCUGUGUCCUGUCUACAGUUGAAGCUGUGACCAUAUACCAGACUGAGAGGAGCACACCAACCGACCUGAGUGCAGCCGGACAGGUUGAGGUGGAUGAGAUUGUGGCAGCCCUUCCCUGUGCUCAGGGUUUGCUGCAGCUGUGUCUCAUCAGCCAUUACACUCUUGACCCAUUGCUUCUGUUUUCAAGCCUGUUUUCAUAAGAUUUUCGCCCCAAACCCCUGCUUUGGCUCCAGAUCUUCUUGCUGAGAAGGUAAUCCCUGCAGGGCUCAGGAUGCAUGUGACCUCCUGUCUCCUCUUAGCCUCCCUCCUCCUCCUCCUGCUCUCGUCCAUCGAGAUGAAAAGGCCAGGGAAGGGCAGAGGCCUCAAGGGAGCACGACACAAACUCACGCGGGACAGGGUGAGAGGUGCUGGGCGUCACAGCAGAUCUGGCCCCUCCAGGCUCGUGUCACCUGACACCUGCUUGGAGUCAACAGAAUCUAGAGACGUCUUUUUGGACUGUCAGGACCGACGUCUCACCUCCAUUCCCACUUCACAAACUUGGUCCAAACAACCUAAGCACUUCCUUCUAGCCCGCAAUCGGAUCAAAGUCCUUCGUGAUGGGGCCUUUUUUGGAUAUGAGAGUUUAGCCAGUCUAGACCUGCAGCAGAACCAGAUCGCUUUAGUGGAGGAAGGAGCCUUCCAGGGCCUGACACACCUUACAACCCUGCUGCUGCAGCACAACCGCCUGGGAACACUUAGCGAGGAGGCCCUCAUCCCCAUGCCAAACCUUCGCUACCUGCGUUUAUAUGACAAUCCCUGGAACUGUCUCUGCCCGAUGGAUAGUCUCAUACGCACCCUCCAGGUCCCAAGUAACCGUAAUUUGGGAAAUCAUGCCAGGUGUGCAGCGCCGAUCAGGCUACAAAGCAUGAAGUUGAAGGAGGUUGACGCUGAGUUACUCUGUAAGGAGUCAGACCCAACAGGCGACCCGCAGGGCGACCAAAAAGAUACCGCCGACCCCAUGAAGCCCAGUCCAUUUCGCGGCAAACCAGAUGCCACCACAUCUUGCCAUUUCUACCUUUUCCCCCAAAUGCAAAUGGACUGCAGUAAACGAGGUCUAACUGAGGUGCCCACAGGCAUUCCAGAUGAUGUUGUUCAUAUCGAUCUGUCCCAUAAUUCAAUCCGUCAUCUCAGAGGCAAAGAUUUUCAAAGAGCGAGGAGCCUCAGAACCCUUAACCUCAGUAGUAACAACAUGGAGCGUAUCGACACGGGGUCUCUGUCUGGGCUCCUGCACCUCCGUGAGCUGGACUUAUCUGACAACAGCCUGCAUUUUAUCCAGUAUGGGGUUCUCGAAGACCUUUACUUUCUGUCCCAGCUAAAACUGGGAGGAAACCCCUGGGUGUGUGACUAUAGCAUCCACUACAUGGUGUACUGGCUGCAUCUGCACCCAGGGGUGAGGCACUCUGGCCUGCUCUGCCGCUCCCCUCCUGAACAUACUGGGGAGCGUGUGGAGGACUAUGUGAGUUCCUACAAUAGAGCGUGUCCGAAGGAUAGACAGCACAGCAGAACAGACCAAGACGAAACGAACCCUGAGCUUUGGAACACACCGAUGGAGGUGCAGGGAGAGCUGGAGGAGGAGCUGGAGCCAAGCCACCUGAGAGUUCCCCAGAAAUACCAGAUCAUCCGACUGUCCUGACUAAAGUGAACAUCUGACCUGAAAUCUGAGGUUCUCUGUUUUCCUUUCUUUCAUUUGCUAUCAAUAUUAUAAAACAGUCUGUAUCAGAUGGAGAAACUACAUUUUCAGUGUUGCUGUUAUGAUUUGUGGUGAGUUGUGUAAUCAAAAUAUAAGAUUUAUCAGCUUACUGAUGUACUGUAAUCAUUACUGUUAGAGCAUGAUCUGUAUGAGUCAACAGGGGUAUUGCACAGCGCACAGAAAAACAAAAAAAAUCAUAUGUGGCAACAGGAUCU